AUGUCACGAGGUGGUCGUGGAGGAGGACGAGCCGCGGCCACAGCUGGCGUACGGGCAGUGGCAAGUGCACUCGGUAUUGCACGACAUGAAAUGAACGCAUUCACAACGAUCGUCACUGAACCUCCACCACUUUUUCCGCCAUUGUCAAAUCUGCCAUCUCGAGUGAAAAUGAACGAUGAAGAACAGUAUCAAGUGGAACUGAAACAAGAGCUGAUGGCUAGAUUCCAUGAGUCUGCAUUUUAUAUGGAAACUGAAACUAAAAAAUCUGACGUACGACGUUACACAGACAAAUAUCGAAAUAUUGAAAGGGAGAAAUUUAAACCGAAUUGGAAUCGUUUACCGAAAGAGUUGCGGCCUAAGAAACGGUCAUCCGAGAAACAUGCCGAAGCAGUGAAAAAGAAGAAGAAGAAGAAAUUCAACGAAUUCGAUAAAAUUGGUCUUGAAGAGAAAUUUAAAGCACUCGAGAAGAAGGAGGUUGAAAACGUUGAGGGGGACGAGGAUGGAAACGCCGAGGAGCACGAUGACGACGAUGGUCAAAGUGAAAAUGAAGAGCGAAACGAAAAUGAAGAACAGGAAGUGCCAUCAGAUGAUGAUUACUUGGAAGAAGAUAACGAUUAUGUGCACUCAUAUUUUGAUAACGGUGAAAAUUACGGCGAUAUGGGCUCUGAUGAUAAUAUUGAUGAUGAUAACGCUUAUUAA